ACUUGCGUUGAUUUGAUUUCUUACUUUCCCUCAGGUUUUCUCCAUAAUCUCCCUGUGAUUGAUUUCGUAAACACAGCAACAAUGGCGACGCCGAAAGAGCACAUCGAGCAACUUCGUCGUCGGACGUUCUCGAUAGGAGAGGACGAGGAAAAUCCGUUGGCCGCCAUGCUCGAUCAAGCGGUCAAGUACCUCUCCGCUGAACUCUACGCUAAGGACGUCCACUUUCUGAUGGAGCUAAUACAGAACGCCGAAGAUAAUGAGUACUCGGAGGGAGUUGGUCCUUCACUUGAGUUCGUCAUAACGUCGCGGGACAUCACCGGAACCGGAGCUCCGGCGACGCUGCUGGUGUUCAACAACGAGAAGGGAUUCUCGGCGAAGAAUAUCGAGUCCAUCUGCAGUGUGGGAAAUUCCACCAAGAAAGGAAACAGGAAACGCGGCUACAUUGGGGAGAAAGGAAUUGGGUUCAAGAGCGUGUUUCUGAUCACUUCUCGGCCUCACAUAUUCAGCAAUGGAUAUAAGAUUCGGUUCAAUGAGAAGCCACGCCCACCCUGCAAGCUUGGGUACAUUGUUCCUGAGUGGGUUGAUGAUGACAAGCCUUCUGUUGCAGAUAUACAACAAGUGUAUGGUUCAUCCAGACUUCCCACCACUGCAUUGGUAUUGCCCUUGAAGCCUGACAAGGUGAAACCAGUGAAGGAGCAGCUGUCCAGUGUUCAUCCUGAAGUCUUGCUGUUUCUUUCAAAGAUAAAGCACCUUUCUGUGAGGGAAGAGAAUGAAAACCCCAAGCUCAACACGGUUACUGCUAUUGCUAUUACUAAGGAGGUUGAUUACGUGUCUAGGAAGAACAUUGAUGCUGAGUCCUACACCCUUCAUCUUUCGGCUGAGAGUAACGGUGAAAGUAAUGAUGGCCAGUGCAGCUACUAUAUGUGGAAGCAGAGGUUUCCGGUGAAAAGAGAAAAUAUUGUUGAGCAGCGAAUGGAUGUGGAGGAAUGGCUGGUGACUUUAGCUUUCCCUUAUGGAGAGCGUCUUCACAAAGGAGGGCAUUCACCUGGAAUCUAUGCAUUUCUUCCUACGGAAAUGUUUACUAAUUUUCCCUUCAUCAUUCAAGCUGAUUUCAUUCUGUCGUCGUCCAGGGAAGCCGUGCUGCUUGAUAACAGAUGGAAUCAAGGGAUCCUCGGAUGUGUCCCGACAGCAUUCGUUAAUGCGUUAGCUGCUUUGGUCAAAACCAGCGAAGAUGCUCCAAUUUCUAGUUUGCCUCCGAUGUUUCGGUUUUUGCCUGUCGAGACCUCUACUUAUCCCUUCCUAAAUGUUGUGAGGGAGUCGAUUCAAUCGAAGUUAGCUGAGGAGAGCAUUGUGCCGAGUGAAUCUUAUAAGGCUCAGAAGUACUUUCACAAACCCCGUGAAGUUAGUCGGCUUUUGCCUGCUUUCUGGGACAUCCUGAAGAAGGCCAGGCAGGAAAACGUCAAUUUUCAGAAUCUUUCAUCCCACGGAUGCUAUAUCCUUGCUUCUUCCUUUGACCUGAAGGAUUUAUACAUAGAGCUUCUUCAUUUCAUCGCUGCGAAUUGGUCAACAAACUUGAGGAACGCAAAUUUGACGGGUGUACCCCUGCUGAGACAUGUUGCUACUAAUGGGGAUGUGGGUAUCUGCAGCAUCAAUGAAUCAGCCUACAAGAAAAGUGGGAGGGUGCUGUGUCGAUCAAAGGAAUCUGAAUAUGCAGCAUUGCUUAUUGGUUGGAAUAAAGUGUUUUGGCACAUAACACCUUUCUUUUUCUUUCCAAAAGCAACACAAGAUGCGCUCAGGUCAUUUGAAAGGAGGAAAACUGUACUAGAAUGGCUUAAAUCUGUAGCAGGGCUUCAUGAGUUGAACUUGUAUGGAUAUUCAAGUUCUCUUAGGGAUCAUUUAGGUACUGACCAGAAGCUUGCAGUGGCAUAUGCUCACUUGCUGUAUCGUUCACACUCUGCUGAAUAUCUGUCAGACCAGGAGGUGGAUAAUCUGUGUAAGGACAUGCCACUUGUUGAUAGCUACGGCAAUGUAAUAAAAGCUCGGGAUCAUGUAGUCCUCAUUCCUGGUAGUGAAAGUAGAUGGUUGGAUUUGAUUGGUUCAAAUCCAUGGAGACGAGAGGGUUUCAUUGAGUUAGGCGAAGAGUACUUACAGCAAGCACUUUUUUGUGGUCAGGCCUCCGGGGGCAAACCAUUAUUGGAGUUUCUUAAAACUCAUGUUGGAGCUUCUGAUAUUCCACAUUUAUCUCCUCCAAAUGCGGAGAUCCCUACAGUUUCAGGACCACUUACCAAGCAUAAUGCAAUUUGGUUGUUGUAUUGGAUUACUCAUCUCAUAUCCUAUCGAAUACCAAUACCGGAUAAGUUCUUGACUUGCAUAAGCAAUGGUAGCUGGUUGAGGGUUACAAUGAAUGGGUCUUCUGGUUAUAAGCCACCAUCGCAGUCGUUCCUGCUUUCCUCGAAGAAGAAAAACUCUAAAUGGGGAAGCAUUUUACAGGAUGGAUCUGUGGUAGUUGAUAUUCCUCUAGUGGAUAUGAAUUUUUAUGGUGAAGAUAUUGUAAACUACGAGGCGGCACUCAAAAAAAUUGGAGUGAUGUUUGAGUACGACCAAGCAUGUGAAUAUAUAGGUCGCCGCCUCAUGUCACAUGUUAAUUCCUCCACUUCGACAAAAAGCACCGUAUUUUCAAUGCUUAAGUUCAUCAGAUUUCUAAGAGAAAAAUUCUUGGAUCCAGAUCAAUUUAUUUCAAGCAUAAAAGGAGGGAAGUGGUUACUGACGACAACACAUGGUUACCGCUCUCCUGAUGAAUGUGUCCUGCUUAAGGGGCAGUGGGCAGUUGCAGAUCAGAUCAGUGAACUUUACUUCAUCAGUGAUGCUUAUUAUGGGCCGGAAAUUAAUUCUUUCGAAAAUGAACUCAAGAGUCUUGGUGUUAAAGUUCGAUUGGCAGGUAGUCACGAUCUUAUCGUCCAGCACUUGAAAUCGAGUGCUUGCUUGUCCUGUGGUUUGACAAAAGAAGCUCUUAUCCUGAUUCUUGAAUGCAUGCGUAAAGCCAAGAAUGCUGCUUCCAAAGUUGCCACUAUACAGCAAGCUAGAUGUUUGAAGACCAAUGUUGGUUAUAGGUCUCCUGGCGAAUGCUUCUUGUUCGACCUUGAAUGGGGCUGCCUUCUGGAGGUUUUUCGGGGUUCCUCCCCUAUCAUUGAUGGCAAGUUCUAUGGUGACGAAAUCAUCGACUACAAGUCAGAACUGAAACAACUGGGGGUGAAGGUUGACUUCGAGGAUGCCACAAAAGCUUUCGUGAGCACUUUCAAUCAGCAGGCAUCUUUGUCAAAGAUCACAAAGGACCAUGUACUUUCAUUUCUCUCCUGCUACAGACGUCUGAAGGGAAUCAAGCGACCUCUCUCUGAUAUCAAAACCUGCAUCCGGUCCCAGAAGUGGCUCCGGACAAGGCUUGGUGUUUAUAGAUCUCCAACAGAGUGUAUUCUGUUCGGCCCUGAAUGGGAAUCUCUCCUUGCAAUUACCCGCCUUCCUUUCCUCGAUGAUAGUUACAGCAAUAAUGGCUACGGAAAGAACAUUAUUGACGAGUAUGCAAAAGAGCUAAAGCUUAUCGGGGUGGUGGUUAGUUUGAAAGACGGGGCUAAGUUUGUUCCUUCCUGUCUUUAUUUCCCUGAGGAUCCAUCCACCAUCUCUCCCUCAAAUGUCCGUUCACUGUUAGAAUGCAUCAGGAUUUUAUUGGAGGAGAAAGAAUAUUCAUUUCCCAAGUCUUUUAUUGACAAAGUUUCUGGAGAAUGGUUGAAAACUGUUUUUGGUUACAGGGCUCCAAAGAACAGCUGCUUGUUUGAUUCCAGUUGGGAGACGAUGGGUCUGAAGCAUAGUGAUGGACCUUUCAUUGAUGAAUCCUUUUUGGGCCCUGAAAUUGCAUCAUAUAAGGAAGAGCUGAGGAAGAUAGGAGUUUGCGUUGACCCAGAAGAAGUAUGCAAGCUACUUGCUAGACAACUUGAUGAGCACUCCGAAUCAACUGCCAUAGUUAGGAUAUAUGAUUUCUUGAGACAACAGAAAUGGAAACCAGAAAAUGAUCAAACCGCAUGCAGGAUUUGGUUUCCUGAUAGUGGGUGUCGCUCUGGGGAGUGGGUAAAUCCAGAAGAUUGCGUGCUGCAUGAUAAAGAUGGUCUCUUUGGUUCCCAAUUGUAUGUUUUGGAGAAACACUACAACUGCAGAUUGUUGGAUUUCUUUAAUGAAACAUUUGGUGUUAGAAGUAACCCGUCGCUUGCUGAUUACUGCGAGCUUUGGCAGACAUGGGAAAGAUCACUUCACAGUUUGACGCAUUCGGAGUGUUGUGCAUUCUGGCGUUUUGCUGUUAUGAAGUGCCUUAGCGCAAAGAAAGAAGAAAUUCUCGCUGGAGAGGUGUCGAAGUUGCCUGUCGUCUCUGGAGGACAAAUUCUGAUGUCGGACAAGCUCGACGUUUACAUUGCGGAUGACCUUCAAUUGAAGGAACUCUUCUCAGAACACUCAAUAUUUGCCUGGUAUCCUCAACCAAGUUCUCCCUAUUUGCCUCGGACAAAAUUGAUGGAAGUUUACAGGGGGAUCGGAGUUCGUGGCAUUUCCGAGUCUGUGCAGAAAGAAGAAGAGAACUCCAUAGCAGCCACAGCAGCCUACAAGUGUAAGCAUCUGAAUCUCUUCACAUGGAAGAAUCUAGCCAAGAUCAUACUAGGCUUUCUAGCUCAUCCAUCUCUCGACAUGGAAGUGAAGGCAAGGCAUGAAAAAGUGAAGAACCUCCUUGAUCUCACUGUCCUGGAGACACCGGAGCCAUUGACCGUCACCUACAGCCUGACUCUAUCUUCAGGUGAAGUCAUCAGAGUGAAAGACACCCAAAUGAUCCGCUGGGAUAAGGACAAAGGCAAAUUGUACACACAGAGGCUAGAGGAGAGUGGAAGCGGAAGAAAUCUUCUUGAGUAUGCCUGCCGUUUCUCUGAAGUAAUCGCAAAGGGAGUCCUUUGGGAGCAGAAAGAGGAACAAGUUACUGCUCUCUCUGCUAUAAUCAAGCUGGCUGUUCUCGUCAAAUUCGAAGGAGCAGCCGUUGACUUCCUGAUGAAGACCAAUAAUCUGCAGAUCUUCAUGGAAGAUGAGGAGUUCCUCUCCUCUGCGUUUCCUUCUUCGACUUAG